AUGGCUCCCCCUCAACUCGUCACUCUAUUCAGGCAGCUGCAGCAAGCGUUUACUGCGCGCCCAUGCGACUUGCAAAAGUGCGGGACCUUGCUUGCACAACUCAAGAUCGGCCUUAUUGAAGCGGGCCUUUUGAUGCCUUCUGGGGACGAGAAUCUCGAGGACCUGGUAAUGGCUCGUGACGUACUCGAAGUCGGCGCGUUCUGGAGUAUACGCUCGCGAGAUAUACCAUCUUUCGACCGCUACUUCUCACAACUGCAGACAUUCUACAAUGAUUAUAGGUUUGCUUCAGUCCUUCCCCCCUCACCCCGCGAGUACCCCGUGCGCGGUCUCUACCUCAUCCGCCUCCUGACCCAGAACCGCAUCGCCGACUUCCACACGACCCUUGAAUCACUACCUCUUGCCGCAGACUCCCUCACUGCCAACCCCUACAUUCAGCACCCAGUCAACCUUGAGCGUUGGCUCAUGGAGGGCAGUUACAGCAAAGUUUGGAACGCACGGGAAGAGGCACCAGCAGAGGAGUACAAGUUCUUUGUGGACAGCUUGAUGGGAACUAUCAGGAACGAGAUUGCGCGUUGUGAAGAGGCAGCGUAUGAGAGCUUGCCAAUAAAGGACGCUGCCACAUUACUGUUUUUCACAAGUCAGUCCGAACUUCUGAGCUUCGCACAACAGCGGGGGUGGCAAGUCAACGUGUCUGCAGGAACCAUUGCAUUCGCAAAGAAGGGCGAGGAGAAGACCGAGAUUCCGAGGGAGAAACUCAUUCAGACGAAUUUGAAGCUAGCGCGAGAACUAGAGCAGAUCAUUUAG